CGUUUCCAAUAGCGGCAAGGGAAGCAACCAGUUCGAAAGCGUUGAACGGGGACAGUUUAAAAUGGUGUACUGAAACAGACGUAACAGUCAACUUGGAAACUAGAAGUUCGAAGACUGAAUACAGGAAAGGAAAAGUAUUUUAUAAGUUAACGAGUAGUGAACAGACCGUAUGGUGCCUAUGUGGAGACAUUGUGCUGUGUAGCUGCGUAGCUUUUUGAUGCUGGACAUAUGUCAGUUGUUGGUUAACCAACUAGGCUACCUUAAGUUAACUGUUCUUCAGUCUUUAGCCUAGUCAUCUUACCGGCUUGCCAAUGCUUUUGCAUCAGUUUGUGAACGGAGGUCUGGAAGUGAUGCAUUCUACAUCAAUUCAGAAAGACACCACUUUUACCAAAAUUUUCGUGGGUGGCUUGCCCUACCACACUAACGAUGCUUCAUUGAGAAAGUAUUUUGAGGCCUUCGGAGACAUCGACGAAGCUGUGGUGAUUACCGACAGACAGACGGGGAAAUCCAGAGGAUACGGCUUUGUGACAAUGACAGACCGAGGAGCAGCUGAGAGGGCCUGUAAAGACCCCAACCCCAUCAUCGACGGUCGCAAGGCCAACGUCAACCUGGCUUACAUUGGUGCCAAACCCCGCAGUAUGCAGACAGGUGAGCCGACCAGGGGCAUAUCCAUCGGAGUGCAGCCUAUUCACCCAGCGCUCAUCCAGAGGCAGUAUGGGUUGGCCCAGCAGUACGUCUACCCCCAGGCCUACGUCCAGCCCAGCCUUGUGCUCCCCUCUCAGGUGUCCCCCUCCGUGGGCUCCCCCUACCUGGACUACAGCGCCGCCUACGCCCAGUACGCCCAGGCCGCCUUCGAGCAGUACCCCUACGCCGCCUCCCCGGGGUUCCUGGGCUACAGCUACGCCCCCAGCCAGGCCGCGCCCACCCAGGCCAGCGCCACGGCUGCUGUUCACCAGGCCCUCCCCACGGGGGCGGGCCCGUCCCCCGCCUUUCUGCAGUACGCGCCCCAGCAGCACGUCCAGCCAGACCGCAUGCAGUGAGGACAGAUUGCAGGGCCUGGAGAGCCGACCCGGGUUACCUGCGCCCCCCAGCAGGGCUGUCAGGGAAGGGCUGGAGAGAGGGUCUAUUGCACUAUAACAUCAGGAGGAGCCCCCUAAUGGGUCAGGGGGGUGGGUGGAUGAUGUGGUUGGGUGAGGGGCAGUGAUGGAACACAUGGUCAUCAGAGGACCUCCAGUACCAGACACUUCAGUUUUAUUACUAUUGUUAACUUCAAUGUCAGUAUACUAUUAUUAUCAAUGUCACUGUUAAUUGUUACUUUUGUUUCAAUCAAUGAACCUUAAUUGUCUGUGGUACAUACCUGCAUUUGGAGCAGGAGGGGAGGGGCUUACUUGGACACUGGCCCCUCCCUCUUCUCUGCCAGGUCGCAGGGUAGAUGAUGGCACUGCUGCUUGGGAACAUUGGGGCGGGGCGUCGGAAACAGAGGGUAGGGGAACAUGGCGCCAAUAGUUUCCACCCACAAGAGAGGACCGCCCUCUUGGUACGGCAGUGUUACUGCACCAACACCACAGGUGGACGGGACUCUGCGGGCCUUUCAGAGGUCAUCAAAGACUAUACAUGGAGAAUCAAGAGAUUCUGGGAAAACCUUCUACUGAUUUCACAUUGUCUCAGAGAUGUCAGGACUACUUUUU